GUCUCUGGGCAGGAUGGAGGACGUGGCGCUUCUGCAGUAUAAAGAGCACCUGAGCAUCUCUGAUGAAAACAAGAGGCGGGACUUCCUGAAGAGCUGCCUCAGUCUCCCGUUCUCUGCAGAGGACUCGGCUCACGUUCAGGAUCACUACACCCUGCUGGAGAGACAGAUCAUCAUCGAGGCAACUGACCGGCAGGCCGAGCGAGGAGGGAAGGUGGAAAUCUUCCAGAAGUUUCCCAGAAGAGCUUCAAUCCUCAACAUGCCGUUAGUCACAACUCUGUACUACUGCUGCUUCUACCACUACACCGAGCCCGAGGGAAUGUACAGCAGUCCGUUGAACAUCCGUCAGACCUUUAAGAUUCCAGAGAAGCAGUACUUUGUGACGGCGUUGUCGGCGCGAGCGAAGCUGAAAGCGUGGUCGGAUGUGGACGCUCUGUUCACGAGCAGGAACUGGCUCGGCUUCACCCGGAAGAAAUCACCGCUCAACUUCCAACGAGUCGUUGACAUCCUGCAGAAGAACUCCGCCCCCACACAGGUGCUGAAGGACUACGUGGCGUUGGUUGAUGAUGCGGACGUCAGGAUCGGUUUGGCUCAGAAAUAUAAAUGUCACGACAUCGUCAUCAACACGUACCGAGACCUGAAGGACCGACAGCUGUUGCUAGGAUACCGGGGAAAGGUUGAGAGAGGGUCGGUGGAGGAGAGGAAGAUUGACGAGCUGCUCAGCAACCUGCAAAUGAGGUGGAAGAACUGACUGUCACACAGGAAGGACAUUAGGGACGUCCAAUCAGCUUUCAGCCUGGGGGAGUGCUCACUGAGCUGCCGCCCCCAAAAUGCAGAGUGGGCGGGGCUUAUUGUUCUCGAGUCAUUGAUGACUCAUCAGAAAGACAUUCCUGAAAAAUGUUUUGUAAAUAUGAAUGUAAAUAAAUAUUAUCAACAAA